GGGCAUCCUUCGCCCUUCUUACUACUACUUUCUCUGGGGUGAUGAGCUUCCAUGGGGUAGCCAACGCUGGACUCUUUUUAACCUUAGGAGUUAUCGGCACCCUCACUACUAUGGGGCUAUGGUGGCGGGAUUGCAUAGCGGAAGGCACAUUCCAGGGUCACCAUACGAAGCCAGUGCAACGAGGGCUAUCAUUGGGAAUCAUUCUAUUUAUCGUGAGCGAGAUAUUCUUCUUCUUAUCCAUCUUCUGGGCAUUCUUUGAUUCUGCCUUAGCUCCUACUGUGGAGCUUGGUUGUGCUUGGCCACCCGCAGGUAUCGAGCCUAUUUACCCUUUUGAGUUGCCUCUUCUUAACACUAUUCUGCUUUUAUCUUCGGGGGCUUCUGUAACUUGGUCUCACCAUGCUCUUAUUGCUGGGGACCGUAAAGGGUCGAUACUUGGUCUGGUAGUUACUCUUAUCUUUGCUUUGAUUUUUACAGGAAUUCAAGCAUAUGAGUAUUAUAAUGCAGGGUUCACGAUUAGCGAUGGUGCAUUUGGCACAUGCUUCUUCUUUUCUACUGGCUUCCACGGCGCGCACGUGAUAAUUGGUUCUAUCUUCCUUACUGUUGCUUUAUUUCGGUUAAUUAACUAUCAUUUGACAAACCACCAUCACGUUGGUUAUGAAGGGGCUAUACUUUACUGGCAAACUUAA